AUGGCACGUCUAGCACAACAACCCCUGCGGGUCCUCUCCAAGACUCUAACCAGUUACUUUGAUAAUUUGCAAGACGCAAACCCAAUCUUCUCCAAAGAAGCCUUCUUGCAUCGCUAUCGAAGCUCGCUGUGUGCGGAAGACCUGAUCUCCACAAUAGUCAUCAUCACCGCGAAACUAACCGGUUUCACCGCAAACGAAGAAGAUCUCCAGAGUCUGAAUACCGAGCUAGAUCUCUUAUUGGGCUCUAGUCUGCUAGAGGAUGAUCUUGUCGGGGAUGCUCCAUCCCUCGACCAGUUUCGCAAAGCCUACCUCCUCGCAUUCUAUGAAUUCCACCAGUUCCCAGGCCACCACGCAUGGCUUCGUAUAGGCAGGGUGACGCGCAUGGCCUACCGCAUCGGACUUGACCGUCUCGACCACGUUCGCGCGACCUACCCUGACUGGAGAAACGUCAGCAGCGAGGAUAUCCAAGAAUGGCGGUGGAUCUGGUGGUGUAUCUACCGCCUCGACUGCUACUCUAAUCUCUCGUCCGGAAUGCCAUAUUUGAUUGACGAUGCCGCCAUCGGCACUUCGUUCGUUCGAAGCAAGACUAUUCUCGAUCCCGACUUCAUGGAGGAGUUGCCCCGUGAAUUCUUUCUCCCGCCGAGCCCAGACAAUCUGUCCAAGAUCCUUCUUGCCGCCCCUUUACACCCAGAAACACUGCUGAGAAACAUCCACACCAUUACAUCCGCUAUCCUACGACAAGCUGGGCUGGUUUUGCGGAUGCACUUGGUACGCUCAGCUCAAACCACCCUUGUGGAAGUCGCCAAAGCCGAGAAACAACUAGCUACCAUCCGUAGCGCUCUUCCAUUCGGGUGGCUAAACCCUAGACGUAACGCACUUUCUAACGAAUCACACAUCGACUAUCACGCACGUAUGGUGACGAUCUUUCAUCUGCGAAUGGCACAGCUGCUCCUUUCAAUCGUGGACUGCGGCCAGCGACAAUACGCCGAUGAGUGCCUAACAGGCUGGGAACGGAUUCUCGAGCCCUGCCAGGAUAUAGCCUCAGUCGCCGAUCACUGGGACAGCUCCUUCUGUCUCGCAGUCGAUCCGGCCGUCUGCUUUACUUUUUUCACCGCGCUCGUCUUCUUGGAUCUUCACAGGAAGACGAUGACGACGACCGACGCCUGCACCGCGGAGCACGAUCCCAGCCACGGCAUCUUUGACCACCACAUUACAGUCUUAUGCCUCCAACUCCAGCAUUUCGCAAAGAUCUGGACAUUACCGAGGCUUUUAAAGCUUUCCUUCGAAAGCUUCAAUCAAUCGGUGUCCGGGCCGCUCUCCCAUCGCAAUAUUGCUCUAAUAUUGUCGCACUUUGAAGCGCCGCUGCAUCCCAGGUGGUUGCACUUUCUCUCGACGGCACAUACCGUCUUGGCAGGCUCUUAG